AUGUUGAAGCGAUCCUCUUUGAUAUAUUUAUCGUGCGUCUUAAUCUUUGCUGUACCGAUUCUUUUACACAUAUACAACGUCCCUGGACUUCCAAGCAAGGUUAAUGGACAUAAAACGCUUCGAAACCUAAAAAGAGCGUUAGCAAGUCCCAAUAAAUCCAACGACGGGAACAAUGAGGAGCUGUUUUGUGCGGUAACCAAUCCAGUCACUGGAUCAUACAUCGAUCUAUCACAACUAUCAUCUACUCCGAAUAAGCUGAGGGAGGGCCAAAAGCAAAAUUCCGGAAAAAGCAAGCACGAGUCUUCCAAGACGAAGUGGUCAGUCAGAGGAUGGGGCUACGAUACUAAUUUCACACUAGGUAUCUGCUCCAGCCCCGUAGGCGAAGCCGAAUCCCAACUGCUAUCUAAUGUGACGGGUGCGUUCUACGUGGACCAUCUCAGUGAGAACAGCCUGGUGUCAAUCGGUGACUUCAGUACGCAACCCAUGCUAGUGGGUGGUCCCACUGCCAAGAAGCUAACCCUGAAAUAUGAAAAUGGCUCGAUAUGCCCGAAUGGUAAAGACAAAAAGGCGACCUUGUUAAACUUCGUCUGCGAUAAAGAGAUCCAGUCCAAGGCACAGAUAUCGUACAUCGGCAACUUACACGAUUGCUCGUACUUUUUCGAAGUCCGCAGCAUUUAUGCCUGCCCCACCUCCAGCAAAAAGACCGAGGUCAGCGUUUUGGGUAUUUUCAUCGGCAUCUUCGUCAUCUUCUUCUUGGUUGAGUUUGCAGGUAGAAGAUGGAUCUACGCUAAAUUGAAUAAACACCUGAAAAACAGUGCCCAGUUGAAUGACGUAUCGCCCUCUUUAAAUGAGCAACCACACUGGGACCUCAUAGAAGACGGGUCACGUUGGAGUAGGUUCUUUAACAGGGUAGUCAAGACGACAAGAAGAUUCACUAAAUCUUUAAUGAGGUCCCUGAUCAGGGACAGAAACAAGGGCCAAGGCGGUAUAAGAUUAAGAACGUCUCCCUCUGCCUCUUCUUCCAGUCUCGUCAACAGAGAGUUCUUCAGAGACAUGGAGGCACAGAACGAAAUAAUAGAUAGUCUAGAAAUCAACAGCCACACUACAGAAAGUGAUCACCCGACCUUAGCAGACCAUAGCAUAUGA